CGUAAAGGUACUGUAAAAGUGACAUUUGAUUCUCUCCAUUCUUUUUGAAGGGAUAGGGCGGAGCUAAGGCGCCACAAUCAAAAAGCCUCCAUGAAGCACCACUACCGCCGCCACUUCCACCAAGUCAUAACCGUUAACCACCGCCACUAUGCCACCAAAUACAUAGGCAAAAUAACCUCAACUUCCCCAAGCGGCCGCAUCCUCUCCGCCGAAGUCUCCACUCCUAUCCUCCCCGCCGACUCCCGCGGCUACCCAAUCCCACGCCACCACCUCAUCUGUAAAGCCACACAUAUCCUCACCAAAUCCCCAUCCGACCCUUUCCUCGAUCUCUCCCAAUACCUGUCCUCCCUCUCCCCAACGCUCACCACCACCGAAGCCUCCCUCAUUCUCAAAUCCCUAAACUGCCCUUCCCUUGCCUUAAGGUUCUUCCACUUUUGCCCGUCCCUUUCCCCCAAUUUUCGCCACGACCCUUUCACCUACGCCCGCCUCUUCCUCAUCCUUUCCAAAUCAUUGCGCCCCGAUCGCUUCGACACCGUCCGGUCACUCCUCCACGACAUGGAAAAAUCCGGCACUCGUGGCAACAUCUCCAUCAUCAAUAUCCUUAUCGGUUUUUUCGGAAACACUGAGGAUUUGGACACUUGUAAAAUGCUAGUGAAGAAAUGGGAGUUGAAGAUGAACGCUUAUACUUAUAAGUGCCUGGUUCAAGCUUACUUAAGGUCACGCGACUCCGGGAAGGCGUUUUCAGUUUAUGAGGAGAUGAAGAGGAAAGGUUAUAAAUUGGAUGUGUUUGGUUAUAACAUGUUGUUGGAUGCUUUGGCAAAGGAUGAAAAGGUUGAUGAGGCAUACAUGGUUUUUGAAGACAUGAGACGAAAGCAUUGUGAGCCUGAUGAGUACACAUAUACAAUUAUGAUCAGAUUGACCGGAAAACUUGGUAGAUGUGAUGAAUCACUGAAAUUUUUUGAUGAAAUGAUAUCGAAGGGCUGUUCUCUUAAUUUAAUUGCUUAUAAUACAAUAAUUCAGGCACUAGCCAAUGGGCGGAUGGUUGACAAGGUUAUUAGCCUCUUCUGUAAAAUGGUGGAGAAAGGUUGUUGGCCCAAUGAAUUUACAUACAGUGUCAUUCUAAAUGUUCUGGUUGCAGAAGGGCAGCUUAAUAAACUAGAUGAAGUUAUUGAAGUAUCAAAGAAAUAUGUGAGUAAGUCAAUAUAUGCAUAUCUUGUAAGGACGCUGAGUAAGCUGGGUCAUGCAAGUGAGGCGCACCGGUUAUUUUGCAACAUGUGGAACUUCCAUGAUAAGGGAGACAAGGAUGCAUAUGUGUCAAUGUUGGAAAGCCUGUGUAGUGCAGGUAAAACAACUGAGGCUCUGGACCUGCUCAGUAAGAUUCAUGAAAAGGGAAUAAAUACUGAUACGGGCAUGUAUAACACAGUGGUUUCAGCACUUGGUAGAUUAAAGCAAAUAUCCCAUCUUCAUGAUCUUUAUGAAAAGAUGAAACAGCAUGGCCCUUCGCCUGACAUAUUUACUUAUAAUAUUCUAAUCUCCAGCUUUGGACGGGCCGGGAAAGUUGACGAGGCUAUUGAAAUCUUUGAAGAACUUGAGAAAAGUGAUUGUAAACCUGAUAUUGUAUCCUAUAAUUCUUUGAUCAAUUGCCUUGGGAAAAACGGUAAUCUUGAUGAAGCCCACAUAAGAUUCAAGGAGAUGCAAGAGAAAGGAUUAAAUCCUGAUGUUGUAACAUACAGCACACUCAUUGAGUGCUUUGGCAAAACAGAUAAAGUUGAGAUGGCUUGCGCAUUAUUUGAUGAAAUGCUUGCCGAAGGCUGCUAUCCUAACAUUGUGACAUACAACAUUUUGCUCGACUGUCUUGAGAAAAGUGGGAGGACUGCUGAAGCGGUGGAUCUCUAUGCAAAACUUAAGCAGCAGGGGUUAACACCUGAUUCAAUUACAUAUGCGGUGCUUGAACGGCUGCAAAGUGGUCCACGGAAGAAAUUCAAAGUUCGCAGGCAAAAUCCUAUUACUGGUUGGAUUGUUAGCCCGCUGAGAUGAUGGUGAUGAUUAAAUUUUCAAUGCAUGACUACAAAAGCGCCAUUCCUGCACCGGAUGAACCAAAUGGACCCAAGAUUCAAGGCAGAAACGUGAUCCAUCAUCUGGCUUUACUUGUCAUCAAGGUUCAUCGGGGAGACCAUUAAUUCAUUAUGUCUAGAACUUGGAAUUUCCACCCGGUACCCAACCCUUCAACCCUCCUCUCUCCCUUCUUAUCUAGGUAUUGAGGCUGAGCACAAAAAGUACUUGUGGUAAUCACCAAAUACCAAUAUGUAAUAAUUAAAUUAAUAAUAAUAAUAACAAUAAUUCUUAACUUAAUUGCUACUUAAAAAUACCCUUAAUAUAAA